AUGACCAAAAAGCAAGAGGCAGUGACAUUCAGGGAUGUGGCCAUGGUCUUCAGUGAGGAGGAGCUGAGGCUGCUGGACGCUGCUCAGAGGAAGCUGUACCAUGAUGUGAUGCUGGAGAACUUCAGGAACCUCCUGGCAGUGGGAGGCCAGAGUCCAGGCAAGAUGAAUAAUCUUCACACAACAGGACUGAGGUUUCUUUCACUGGGACGGCUUCCAUGCUGGCAAGUGACAAGCCAUGGUGCCAACAAACUGGCCGGAGCUCCAGAAGCCGUAAUUCCUCACCUCCUGGAGCGAUGCCACUCCUCCUGCCACUGGGGAGCAGAGCAGCUUCCCCAGGCCUUCGAGGAUGCCAGCUGUCUGGAGGGUCUCACCAACAGCCAUUCCAGCAUUAUUGAAAAUCAGGAAUUUCUGUCUGGGAGGGCUCAGAGUUCUUGGGGUAAGACACACCUUAGCAAGAAACGGAAGCAUCUGAAGCAGUGUUCGAAGACUCUGGUGAAAACGGAGCCCCAGCAGUUGCUUCCGGGUGUUGACAUGCUGUCCAUUUCCCACCAUAACAAUGCACUGCAUAAAAGAGACACAGCCCACAGCAGUGGUGGCUGUGGUAAAGUUAUCUUUCCUGUGUUACCUGGCAUCCAGCAUCGUGUUUACCCAGAAAGGAAGGACUACCAAUGCAGCAAGGGCCAAGAAGCCUUCAUUGACAGACCCAAUCAUGAACUUUAUCAGCCUGUCCUAGUAGGGAAAAAGUCCCCUGUGUGUAGUACACAUGAGGACACAAGGCAUAGCUCUAGUGUCCCCAUUCAACAAAGUGUUCAUGCAGAAAAGCAAUACUCAUGUCACAAGUGUGGCACGGGUUUCAGCAAGAACUCAGAUCUUCAGACUCCCCAGAGAGUGCACACAAGGGAGAAGCCCUCCCACUGCAGUAGCUGUGGAAAAGGCUUUAGUCAGAGCUCACAUCUCCAGAUUCACCGCAGGGUGCACACUGGAGAGAAGCCUCACAAGUGUGAGGUGUGUGGGAGGGCCUUUACAAAGUUGUCACACCUCCAGGCCCACAAGAGAAUUCACACAGGAGAGAAGCCAUAUAAGUGUGGAGACUGUGGCAAAUGCUUUAGCUGCAGCUCGAACCUUCACACCCACCAGAGAGUCCACACUGAGGAGAAACCGUACAAGUGUGACGAGUGUGGGAAGCGCUUCAGCCUGAGCUUCAACCUCCACAGCCAUCAGCGGGUCCACACAGGAGAGAAGCCAUAUAAAUGUGAAGAGUGCGGGAAGGAUUUCAGUUCAGCCUCAAGCUUCCAAAGCCACCAGCGGGUCCAUACAGGAGAGAAGCCAUUUGUCUGCAAUGUGUGUGGAAAGGGCUUCAGUCGGAGCUCCUAUCUUCAGACUCAUCAGAGAGUGCACACAGGGGACAAGCCCUGUGAAUGCUCCACGUGUGGGAAAGCCUUCAGCCAGAGGUCCCAUCUCCUAGUCCAUCCGAUAAUUCACACCGGGGAGAAGCCGUUCAAGUGUGAGGAGUGUGGGAAGGAGUUUACGCAGAGCACAGGGCUUAGUAUUCACCAGAGGGUCCACGCAGGAGAGAAACCCUACACGUGUCAGCAGUGUGGGAAGGGCUUCAGUCUGGCCUCACACUUCCACACUCGCCAGAGGGUCCACACCGGGGAGAAACCCUACAUCUGCAGCAUCUGCUGUAAGGGCUUCAGCCAGAGAUCACACCUGGUCUACCACCAGAGGGUCCACGGUGCCGGGAAUCGCCAGAUGUGUUCUGCCAUCUGA